CCGAGCGGCCAUGGCGAUGUGGUUGCUGCUGCCGCGCCUAUGCCUUGUCCUGUCUUCUCUCACCGGCGCCGCGCGCUCGGCGUCACCGGUGGUGCUCCAGUGGCUCAACGCGAGCGCAGCCGAAAACCCCCAGAUACCCCCGGGUGUCGGCCGCGCCCUCUCGGCCCCCAUCAUCGGCCACGGCGGCAACCUCGUCGCUUGCUCCGGGAAGAACCUGCUGGCUUUCCACCGGAACGGAUCCUUCGCGUGGAUCGUUCCCCUCGGGUACAACUGUAGGCAAGAUAUCAGCUUAGUUACCGAGAGGGACAAGAUAUAUUUGGUGAGAGAAGAUAAUAAGGUCGUAAAGAUAACUCCACAAAACGUACACACGAGCGCCCCAUCAUCAGAAGUAUUUUUCAGUCACAGUCCAGCACCGGGGAGGUCCGAGGAGAUCAUUGGCCUAUCGACCAGCAGCAGCUACUCAUCUCUUUUCAUCACCAUUGCCAACCGCGGCCUCUUCUCCUUCUCGUUGCGCGACGGGCAGCUGCAGUGGAGUGCAGGUCCAGUGAUCGACCGCUUCGGUUACCGUCUAGGCUGCAAGGGAAACAUCUCAGGCUGCUAUUUCAGUUCAGCUCCGGUUGUUGAUCAGUGCGAGGGGACUCUUUAUAUAUCGAAUACCGAAGGCCAGCUCUAUUCGAUGUUCAUCCAAAGCCGGCAGUACAGAUGGAUCCAAGACUUGAGCUCGAUCGACAAAGUGAUAACGAUUGUGCCAGGAAAUAAUGGGCGCAUGUACAUCCUCCUCCCAAGAAAGUCAAUUGUCCUGGGGCUUGAUGUUCUGUCAGGAAACAUUUCAUUUCAGCAGAGUAUUGGUCCACUUAGCAACGAGAAAAUCUUGCCGGCAGUGGAUUCCAAUGGUUGGAUAUCAAUUGGUUCGUUGGAUGGGUUCUUGUAUUCAGUUUCUCCGGAUGGUGAGAUCAGAAAGUUUCUUCAGAGAACAGCACCCAACUCAGUGAUCCAUGCAAGUCCAGUCCUCGACUGCUCAGGGUUUUCUGUGUACAUCAGCCAGACCAUAAUGGAGGCAAAAUCAAGCCAAACUAUCGGUGAUUAUACCUACGUCUCAGCGAUGAAACCUUCGAGCAUCUUGCUUACUUUGUUGGCUCCAGCAACUGGAACAGUUUACUGGACUGAAAAGUAUCCUGGACAAUUAUCAAAUUUGUUGUCCAGUAGUGACCUGGAGUACUUUACGCUAGAUGAAACCAUUCUUCUCACUGCUCUAUCCGCUGCAAGAAUCGGCAGUGCCGUGCAAUGCUACACGAAAAGGCAAAAGAUUGCUUGGACCUGCAGAAAAGCAAAACCAAAGUUUGUUCAUGGUGAUCCAGGUGACCACAACCAUGUCCUUCUGCUGUUCAUCUUCCAACUCUUUGUCAUAGUGAUACAAGCGGUGGUUGUUCGGUUCUGCUGCAUCUUCUGGAGGAAGAAAAAGCUUCAAAAAAACAAUGGCUUGCAGAAGUUUCUGGAAAAGAGGCGUUCUCUUCACAGCAAGAGGAGAGUCUUGGGCAAGAUCAUCUCUGAGCUAGAGCAGAAGGCAGCCCAAGACGCCUCUUCAAAUGAAACUCUGGAACAUCUGGGUGAAAUGGUGAAAGCCAAGGAAUGUGUUGAGAGGAAGCUGUAUACAUCAUACAGCCUUGGCCGGGAUGUCCUGGGCUUGAGGCGAGGCUCUUCCUCCAUCUUGCCACUUUACAAUGGAAAGCACAAGAGCCACUCGUUUCACGGCGCGCAGAGAGAAAGCAUUACGAUCUUUAACACGCUCAGCGACAGCUCUUCUUUGGAGGAAGAUAGAACAAGCAGUAGCUACUCCAGUAGCAGUGGGAGCUACAGCGGCAGUAGCUCCGGAGAUAUGGAAUUUGACACGGGGUCUAGGUCAGCAGGAGAGGCUGGAGCUGGACCUUCCAACACUGCAGUUGUUACAGAGGGAGAUCAGGACAAGUUGCCAGCAGAUGUUGAAUCUUCGUAUCAGGUGUUUAUGAAUCCGCUGUAUGCACAAGGAGAAAGCAGUAGAAGAUCGCUAUCGGAGAGGGAAGAAUUUCUGAUGCCGCAGGGUAGUGCACCCACCAAGAGAAUGUGGCUCAAGAGGAGGCGAACUCUCUCUUCGACGAACUGAUGUGACUCAACAAAUUAGAGAUUCAUGAAGAUAUAACUUGCAUGAUUAUGCUUGGUAACUUGUUCAUAGAGAUCUGGAAUGUUAAUCUUGUGGUUCAUUUGUUCAUAAAAU